AUGGCUCACAACAUUCUCAUCACCGGUGCCUCAGGAUAUCUUGGUGGCUCUCUUCUCGCCAGAUGGAAAUAUGCCAACCUCCCUCACCAUGGCAAACUCCACGCCCUCGUUCGAUCAGAACAACAAGCUAACGCUGUGAAGCAAUAUGGCGCUGAGCCGCUGCUCUGUGACCUAGAUGACCAUGACAAGCUGAGAGAGAGCAUUAUAAACCAUGAAAUCUCCAUCAUUCUAUUUCUUGUGGAUUCCUUUAGUGCCCGGCAUCAACCAACUAUCAUCCAAGCUCUACACGAAGUCAAGACCAGGACCGGAAAGGAAGUUCAUUUUGUUCACACCGGCGGGGCAAAGCAUUUUAGUCGUCAUGCAGGUUUUCCUACUGAAGAAAAUUUGCUUGAUACAGAUCCGGAGAUCUACGAGAUGCUGAAAAGUGUCGUGUCGCCUCAUUCUCUGGUUGCUCAGACAAUCAAAACGUACGCCACUGUAAUUGAUACGUGCGAGGAAUAUGGUGUGAAAGGGUACAUUUUUGUACCAUGUAUUGUGUAUGGACGAGGAAAGGGAUUUGGAAAUCAAAUCUCUAUUCAGGAUGUUGCGAUUGUGAAAGCCGCCAAGAAAAUGAGACGAGUUUAUGAGGUUGAUACUGACACCCCGAGUUGGCCCGUCUGCCAUAUCACGGACAACUCCAACCUCUACUUGCAAAUGGUGCGGAACAUGCUUUUGAACAAAGACAUGGGUUAUAACAAGCAGGGCUUCUACCUGGCUUCCUCCGGUAGUGUUGCGUGGAAGGAUAUCUACCAGGCUUUUGCAGUGGCUCUAGCGAAGCGGGGAGUUGUGGGCGAUGAUACGAUCGAGCAAGCAGAUGAUGCAGCCUUGGCUGAGAUGGGCGAGGCGCUGGGCGUGCCAUCGUCCCUUGUUUCGGUCAUGCUAGGCGGAAAGUGUACAUUUACUGCUGUCCAUGGUGGUGAGAUCGGUUGGAAGGCUGAGUAUCCGCCCGAACAUAUCCUGGAGAUUGCGGACGAUGAAAUUGAGUCGAUUAUUCGCAGCCUUGGACAGUAG